AUGGCUGCGAAGGCGGAGGAGCAGCCGCCUGACCCGCGUCUGAUCAACAGCGUGGUGUACAAUGACAACAUCAGCGAGCUGAAGGAUGACCUGCCAGCGUUGCUGGACGCGAUGAAGACGGGCGGCAAGGAGGGCGGCAUGCGACGCGAAACUGCGGCCUUCAUGCUGUGGCACCACGCCAUGAACGACCCCGCGAAACGCCUCGAAAUCAUCAACUCCAACGGGAGCAACAUCUGUUUGCGCGUCCUCGAGGACGACGCGAAGACGUCCGAGAAGACCGCGGCGCUGGGGCUGCUCAACGUGAUGAGCGCCGAGGAGGCGGACCCGGACGCGCGGGGAAUCAUCGCAGGUGGCAAGGCGCCGAGCGGGAACUUGUGCGGGUACAUCGUCGCCGGGAUGCUCAGCGGAACGGAGUCGCAAGGCGUCGCCGCGGCCGCGAUCCUGAGGAACCUUGUGCAGCACGACAGAGGCCGGUCCAUCCUGCAGAAGUGCCUCUUGCCGUGGCGCAAGUACCUCGACACGCUGCGCACCAGCGGGCACGAGGACAUCCAGCUGCACGUGUGCGAGUUCCUGCUCAUGAUCCUGCAGGGGCAGGACGAGCUCAUCGUCGACGUGGCCGCCUGCCCGCCGUACGCCUUCUCCGUGCUCAUCGGCAUCGUCCAAGAGGCCACCAAGGAGGAGACCAUCGUGGCUGCGCUGCGACUGCUGGAGCUGCUGAUGACGGUCGAGGAGAACCACUCGCAGUUCCUCAAGGCGAACGCGACGUUGAACGUGCUCGACAUCCUCGGCGACCCCAACGAGGCCCCGCCGCUGCCCCAGGACAUCGAGACCGUCCUCAAGGAGCCUGAUCCGCCGCCGAAGCUCCCCGAGAUCCCCGAGCAGCCCGAGAAGGACGCGUUCAGCCUCGGCGUCGACGUCAACAAGCCGCCACCGAUCAACACCAACCUCAAGGCAGCGGGGGGCAGCGGGGCGACGCCGGGCGGGACGGGCGCGCCGACGCGCGGGAGCACGGCGACGGGGUCGCUUCCGCCGACUCCGUGGGGGGGCGUCGCUGGCGGGAAGGAGCUUCCUUCUGUUGCCCCGACGCCAAAGGCAGGAGCGCCGCGCACGGCCCUCGGUGGCGGCGCGGAGGAGGCGGGCGGCGGUGGCAAGUCCGCGCCAGUGCAGCUGCCGGAGAUCACGAUCGACUACGAGCCGCCGCGCUCGCGCAUCCGGAGCCGCAUAUCGCUGCGCGUGCAUCGCCGGGCGCCUCCGCGCUCGGGCUUCGCGCACAGCGUUCCGGCGCAGGCGGCGGCGUGCGGCGCCCUCUGGCCGCUGCUGCACCGCGAGGAGGUGCGCGACCUCGUCAGCGCGAACACGGGCGCGUGGCGGAUCUGCCGCGCACUCGCUGCGGGCUGCGAACACAUCCCGGAGGGCGCGAAGCAGAAGAAGGGCAAGGCUGGCGGCAAGGGCAAGAAGGGCAAGGGCCUCAGCCUCACUCCGGAGGGCGAGGACCUUGUCGACCGCGCCCUCGGGUGCCUGCGCCACCUCUCCCUGCUCGACACCGACAAGGUGCGGAUCGCCCGGUGCGACAUACUGAAGUUCAUCGUGGAGCUAGUGGGGCACCUGGGCAAGGCGCGGGUGCGGUGGAACGCGCGCGCGCUGAUGGGCAACGUCAGCGUGAUGCACGAGAACGCCGAGCUGCUGAACGCCGGCGCCGUCCCGGAGGAGUUCCGCGGGUUCCGGUGCAUCUACCUGACUAAGGAGCAGCGGUCAGACCUGAAGGAGCUGUUCUGGUAG